AAAUUAUAAGGAUACGAUGGAAUUUGCCCUUAAAAAGGAAAAAGAAACUUUAAACACAAUGCCCUCAAAAACUGUUUAAACCUUGUCUGUUUUCUUAUAAAUGGUUGUAUGAUAUUGACAAUGCCACUUCCCUGUUACCAGUCCACAUUCAUAGCAAUUUGCAUUUUGCAGAACUCCCGAGAGAGAAGCAGGGAGAUAGCGCAUACGAUGCUAGGUGUCUUUAGCAGUGAAAUUGUAACGCCACCAGAGGAGCUGGUGGCUGCAGGAAACAGGAGUCCAUCCCCCAGAACCACCGCUUUGGCUUUGAUGAAACGCUACAUCAAGUCUAACCCCUCUGCAGUUUCCAUACAAAUUGGUGACCAAGCUAGCUUGGCUUACUCUCGCCGGAAUGAGUCUCUUCUACAACCAAGAUCAUUUGGGGUCAAAGAUGAUAUAUUCUGCUUGUUUGAAGGCAUGCUCGAUAACUUAGGCAGCCUAAGACAAGAAUAUGGUCUAGCCAAGUCUGCAAAUGAGGUGAUGCUGGUGAUUGAAGCCUACAAAGUGUUGCGUGACCGAGGCCCUUAUCCUCCCAGCCAUGUGGUUGGCCACCUUGCUGGCAAUUUUGCGUUUGUAGUAUUUGACAAGUCUACAUCCGCUUUAUUCGUGGCUUCUGAUCAGUCUGGCAGGGUUCCCCUCUACUGGGGAAUUACUGCUGAUGGAUUUGUGGCAUUUUCGGAUGAUGCAGAGAUGCUUAAAGGUGCAUGUGGCAAGUCACUUGCUUCUUUCCCUCAGGGAUGCUUCUUCUCAACUGCAGUAGGCGGGCUACGAAGCUAUGAAAAUCCCAAGAACAAGAUCAUUGCCAUUCCUGCAGCUGAUGAAGAGAUAUGGGGUGCAACAUUCAAGGUGGAAGGAGCAACAGUUGUCGCAGCCAGAGUAAAUCAAGAAGGAACCCUGUUGUUGUGGUGAUAAUGGAAGAAGUGGAAGGGGGAAAGCCAGGGUGUGCCAGGGACUUCAACCAUGUGAAAAUUUGUUAAUUUCACUAUCAUCUGUGUAAAUGGUUUGAGUGAGACCCUUUCACUGCAAUCCAUCAAAUUAGUACUACUAAAUUACAAUCACAUAAUAAAGCAUGUCUUGCCUUUGUCCUUAUGCUCAAUUUUCUUCUCAUGGAGGAUGGAAAGGUAAACGUCUUUUUUCCUU